UAUGCAUCGGUGAAGUAACUCGAGUCUCGCAGCACACGCCAUGGAUCGACUAGCUUCACAGUCAGAUCCGCCAAGCUCAUCGACAUUUUCAAGUUCCUCAACCACCGGAUUUCAGGGGAAAGUUGCGGAGUCAUUAGACAAGCUCCCUCCUAAUUGUAAAGACUUGGUGCACAAGUACUCUGCGUUCAACAAGUUCAUUCUAUACGAGAACAAACUGCGCUUCUAUAUCGUUGCCUCUAAUGCCUCUGACUCGCGCCACCGGAUUGUCAAGAUUGACCGCACUUCGCAAAGUGAUCUUGCCAUUGUCGAAGAUGACACCGACUACAGCGGCAAGCAGAUGAGCAACAUGCUUAAGAUGCUGGAGGAUGGUAACAAGGGAUCUGGUGGGCUUGGCAAGGCACGUGUGAUCUUUGGCAUUGCAGGGUUCGUAAAGUUUACCGCUGGGUGGUAUAUGAUCGUCAUAUCAAAGCGUUCUGUUGUGGCACUUCUCGGUGGUCACUAUCUGUACCAUUGUGAGAACACUGAGAUGAUACCUGUUCCCUCCAACCACAAGAUUGAGCGUCCUGCCGAGGAGCAGCGCCUUGUGAAUAUGUUUAAGCAAGUUGACAUGUCAAAGAACUUCUACUUCAGCUACUCCUACGAUAUCACCUCUACCCUUCAAAACAAUCUCACCAAGCCCGAGCGUUUCAAUGCCACCACAUGGCCCUUCAAUGAUCGAUACGUUUGGAAUUUUCACAUGAUCGCUGUACCUCUCAACGAUUCCCCUGCCACUGGUGUUCGUCGUCCGUGGCUAUUGCCCCUCAUACAUGGACAUGUAGACCAGGCUAAACUCACUGUGCUUGGGCGUGUAGUCUUUGUAACACUCAUUGCCCGUCGGUCGCGCCAUUAUGCUGGAGCUCGCUAUCUGACGCGCGGUGUUAAUGAAGAAGGAAACGUUGCAAACGAGGUUGAGACGGAACAAAUUGUAUCAGAAGCACUAACGACACCAUUUUACUUCCCUCCUGCCGGUUCUUCGACAGGCGAACAUCAACGUCGACCAAGCCCUCACUAUACCAGCUACGUUCAGUACAGAGGCAGCAUUCCCAUAUACUGGACGCAGGAAACCACUAGCAUGACUCCCCGACCGCCUAUUGAAAUCAGCGUCGUAGAUCCCUUCUAUGUUGCUGCAUCUCGUCAUUUCGAUGACCUUUUUUCACGAUACGGCGCGCCAAUCACAGUUCUCAACCUCAUCAAACGGCGGGAGCCGCAGCCGCGCGAAUCGAAAUUGUUGGAUGAGUACACUCAAUGCGUCAAGUAUCUGAAUCAAUUUCUUCCGGAUGAGUACAAGAUGGUUUAUCGGGCUUGGGACAUGUCACGGGCUUACAAAGAGAAGACGCAGGACGUUAUAAGUUACCUCGAGGACAUAGCGGAGGUAUCCAUUCAAAUGACGGGUUUCUUCCAUUCCGGCGCGGAACCACUCGCUCACUCACUCCAUAAUGGUAACUUUGAAGAAAACGAAAAUUGUCGCAGCUCAAUCUUGCUGCAGAAUGGUGUAUGCCGCACCAACUGUGUUGACUGCUUGGAUCGCACGAAUGCAGCACAAUUUGUUUUCGGGAAGCGUGCUCUGGGUCACCAGUUGUAUGCCCUUGGUGUUGUUGCCAGUCCAAAUCUUCCAUUCGAUUCAGAUGCGGUGAACAUGCUAACAGAAAUGUAUCAUGACCAUGGAGAUACCAUUGCACUGCAGUAUACCGGGAGUGCACUUGUGAAUCGGGUAGAAACAUAUCGCAGGAUGCCCCACUGGAACAGUCACUCGAGGGACAUCAUCGAAAACAUCCGCCGUUUCUAUGCCAAUUCUCUUCUUGAUGCAGACAAACAAGCAGCAAUCAACCUCUUUCUUGGCGUUGCAGCGGAGCGCAACCUGGUCCACCCUCCGAAACGUGGGCAGUACCAGCAAUGGUUCCAGAAGCAGCAUCUUCAGAUGUUAUACGAAGUGACUGAGUGCUCCUCAGCGUUAUGUGACUUCGUCAACGUCCGCGGAGAAUUUUGGCCGGAGUACUACCGGCCGCUGUUAUUCACUUCGUUAGGAAAGCAUUUUGCGUAUUCCAUGAAUAGCACAUUGAAGCUACCGGGGAAGACUAUGAAGGACAUCGCUUACAGUCCAUUUCUGCCUCACAGCACUCAUCCAGCACACCAUCCACGGCUCAUGGCAGGAGUUCGUCGUUGGAUCGGCGCAUAUCCUUCGUCUCAGCACGGGUUUUCCAAGAAGGCAUUAAGCUCCAAACAAGAGGUGUUGGAAUCGGACCUGCCUUCCAGUGAUGAUCCUCGCUCAUCAGCUGCGCUUGCCAAGAGAUUGUUACAUCCAGAUGUGCCACUUGAGGAGCAAACAGAGUAUCUGAAAUAUGUUGAUCAGCGCUUUGCUUUGCUAGAGGCAUGCAAUGAUGAAGCGGAACCUGAAGACAAAGAAAUAUAUGAAAGGUUUGUCAGGAAGUCAAAGGGUGUUAUGGAGGAGGUUAAUUCGUGUGAAAUUUAUGUUACUUAUGUUAAAACCAUGGUGGCAGAAGAUGUAGGUACUUAUGGAGAGGACUUAGUGGCUACAUAUGAACAGUGGCUUGGGUAGAACAUCUUGGUUGAGCUCGAUGAUAGAAGGAGUCACUAAAUAUUGAUGGACUGAGUUGAUGACGACGAGGUCCCCGUGAUUAUGUAAGCUACAUUAGAGCUGUUGAGAUCAUACGAGUCCAAGCCUGUUGUGCCUUUGGCACCUCCAGUCUUCAUCAUCUCAC